GUCUUGCUGGGACUGGGGGUGUGCGCUGCGACAUUGGUUAGCGAAGCCAUGCUUCUGUAUCCAGCGCUGUCCGCCCCCGACAUUAACCCAGCUAUUUCGAGAAACUUCCAGCCCACUUUUCCACGUCAUUUGAAGGAAUCUUUAAAGCGUCCGUCGUCGGUAUUAAAUGUCUCAGUGCUGGGUAGUCAGAAGCAUGAACGGCAUGAAGACGCAGUCGCCGACCACGACAAUGGCGAAUAACGACAACGACCCCUUGCCCCUCGGAUGGGAAGUCAAAAUUGACCCACAGACCGGCUGGCCCUUUUUCGUGGAUCACAAUAACCGCACCACAACCUGGAACGACCCGAGACACGACACGAAAAAGGUUAGGGAAUUGUCCACAAAUGGACCCAGUGUACCACCAGAACCGAGCUCUCAGGAGGUGCAGAAAACCUUUGUGAAAGAGAUGAAACACCCCAUCCUUCGCCCUGGUUAUGUCCCAAUCCCAGUCUUCCAUGAAGGAGCGGAUGUAAGACAGCAACAGCACCCGUGCUUUUCCUACAUCCAGCCAACCGCUGCACAGAAUAUCCGCACAGAGGGGCGGAUACCUUCACCGACACUUGGGUUUCAUUGUAGACCUAGAUCGCCUCUACAUGGACCUAGUGACAGUUGCUCCACAGGGCCCAGAAAAGCCAGCUCACCUGUAUCUCAAACAGCAGAGGUUUACCCUGGACAUCAUAACCAACUUCCACGGCCAAGCAGCACUGGUCUUCAAGCAGGUUAUAUCCCCAUACCAGUAAUCCAUGAGGGCGGAGGAGGCCAAACACAAGCACAGCCUCAGUUAAAUCCAUCAGUCCAGGGUCAGCGUGUCCCAUAUUCAGAACCUCCGCAGCCCUACCAACGCUUUCAACAGGAAGAAUGGCCCAGCUAUGCUACAGCAAUGCAGCCUCCUCGGGAAAGGGCUUCUCCGGUAUUGUAUCCCCAGCACCGAGAUACUGCUGCUAUUCACCUACCGCAUAAUAUCAGAAGCCAGUCACCGAUUGUGACACAGUUGCUGGGUGAAAAACCACAGCAUAUCAUCAUGAGAGAGCCACCUCAGAAAGUGGAGCAGGAACAAGUAAGCCCUCUGCAAAAACCAGAGAAUAUCCAGGUCCCUCAGCCUUUGCGCACAGAUGCUGAUGACCAAAAGCCUAACUUUCAACAGCCUUCACCUCAGCAACAUCAACACUUCCAACAACCUCCGCCUCAGCAACCACAGCAGUUCGAGCAGGCGCCGCCUCAGGCAUCCCCGCAGUCCGAGCAAUUACCAAAACACUUCCCGCAGCCCCAUCAAGCAGAGCAAGAUACCCCUGACAACACCGUCCAAAUGCCACCAGAACCGGAAGCACAUGACGCAGCAGCUGUUGCCACAGAAGUUCCGCCAGCAAAGGCAGAGGCAGAACAACCGCUCCAGUGUCCCGUCCACCCUGGUUUAGCUAAAGUACAGAAGAUAGUUGAGCGGGUCGCUAAACUGGAAGAAGAGGUGAAAAGCUUUGAAGGGAAAAAAAAUGAUAAGAAAUACUUGUUACUGGAGGAACUGCUAACCAAAGAGCUCUUGGCAUUAGACUCAGUUGAUCCAGAAGGGCGCGUGGACGUACGGCAGGCAAGACGGGACGGUGUCCGUCGCGUCCAGACCAUACUGGAGGAACUGGAGCAACUGGAGGAGCAGUCAACAAGACCUGCCUGCGAAGCCUCGGUGGAGGGAGAUGGGUUGACGUCGAAAGGAGAACCCAGUAUGUUCACUAAGGACAAUGUCGAGAUGGCAAAGGAGAUAUCCUAACAAGAAACUGGAAGUGUUAUUCGACGACGAACAAGUUUGCUCCUGAUCACACUCUGCACAGUAUUUGUGAAAGUUGCAUGCAUUCAUUAACAGUGUUGGUAUUUUUGCCAUUCACCGCAUAAAUGAUGGGAGCUCAGUACUGUCAUGCUUUUCAAAACAACAUUGUUGCCUUCAGUAUUGUGCCAGUGUCUUCAUAAUAAGACAAGCUGCCAUGAGCAAGGUUGACAUGACAUUUAUUCAAGUCAAAUUUAAUGAGGCCUUCAGCAUAAAGUAAAGAAAACAAAUAUUUUCUUAAUGAAUGUUAUGUGUAGUUGCCUUUUGUCUCGAUUCAAUAUUGUAUGGCGCUUUCCUCAACCCAGUCGGCACAUUUGUUUGUAUACAGUGCAUGGGGACUGCAAACAUUUGGGGCUUUAAAGUGAACUCACUGCAAAAUGCUGUCAACACAAAAGCAUUUCACCCUUUAUUACAAUGUUGGAGCUGUUUUUGUGACAAAAACACAAUGAAUUUGUUGUUAUUUAGGAUGUUGCUUUUUUGUAUGUUGAUUGUUUGGUCAUCUUUGCACUUCAUCUUGGAAAUGUAUCUCACUGAAUGAGCAGCAGGUUUUUUUGAAACAUUUGUUACACUAAUUUUGAUGUGUUUUGAGUGUUUGUAUAGACAUCGGUUAACUUGUAAUUUCAAUGCAAUUUAUCAAGUAUUUAUAUUUCACUAUAUAGUAUUUUACUAUAUUUACGAUGAAUGUGUUAAGACAAAUGGACCUGUAAUGUGUGACAAUCAGCACUUGGUGCUAAAAUGGAAACGAGUUGUAGAUUGUUAGAAUGUUCUUUCCAGAACCACCAAAGCCACAAUCUGUAAUAUCACAUACAAAUCUGCCUUAAAAUUGCAAUAUGACACCAAGAUAUUAGUUGACGACUGUCAAAAUUUGUUUUAUUAUUACCCUCGCACAAUUUCUGCUAUGAUUUGUCACAAAAGUAAGCCCUCUGUAAUGCCUUAAGUUAUGACCCUCACCGAUUAUGGAUUGUGGUUUAGUAUUGAUCACGGGUGAUGAGUAGCAGAUAAAUGCAUUGUUCAAAGCAAGUCAUAUUGGUAUAGAUGAAAUAAAUUGUAUUUGGCAGUAUUUUGACUAAUAUUUGGCUCAACUAAACAGGUGGCAAAAGUACCCACUUUAUUUCAGUCAAAGGACAGAUAGCCGUCAAAAGCAGAAGUACUGAUUCUACUCAAUUUAGCAAAGAAAAGGAGAAAAUAUUUUAAAAUGUAUUUGAUACAACUGUAAAAGGUUUUCACAGUUAAUCACCCACAAUAUCAUAAUAAAAAAAUGUAGGUAUGUAAUUGUUCUCAGUUAUAUUGGGAGAAAAUAAGUACAGUAAUUAAAUUUGCAUGGUGGAUUGUUAGUAAGUGUUAUUUAAAAAAAUGCUACAAAAGCUCAGAUUAUGACAUAGGAACUGCAAGCACUCAUAAUAUUCACAAAGCUACAAUGAAAAGAGAGUAAAGGGAACCCUUCAAGUGUUUUCAUGCCUAGCAGGCGAAAUAAUAACAAAAUCGAUUUAAUUUCUGAUGCAAGAACAGUGUUUUGAAUUAUGUAAUAUAAAGCUCUAAAACAUGCUUUUCUUUAUAUAUGUCAACAAAGAGUCACCUUGUGUGAGAUUUUUUUUUAUUAGAAAAAAAAAUUAGACUAUUAGACCUUACUACAUUCAUAAUUGAAUACAUAAUAUUUUUUUCAAAUCAUUUAGGACUUUUUCUUUGGAGCAUUAAUGCAUUACUUGGGUAUCUAGGCUGUUUUAUGACAGUGCUACGGUUUAACUUGGCCACGUUAUUGUAGGUAAACAUGCAUCAUGUUUCCAUAUGCUGUGCAUAUAAAUACAAGAAAAAUGAUAUUUGAGAACAUUUAUUUAGAAUCAAUGAAGUAAUCAAAAUUGAAUGAAAUGUAAUUACUUUUACACUAGCUUUUAGUUACACAUUCAUGUAGGCCAUUUUUACUGCCACUUUUCCCAUUCUCCUUUUCAACUAUUGGUUGUUGUAUAUAAUACUUUCACUACUAUUGCACUUUCAACAGGGUAAGUUAUAGCUGUAAAAAAUAAAUUUCCAAAGUAACAUGCAUAUGUAGGCUC